UCUAGCAAAAUAUUAAUAAUUUAAACAAAUUCGCAACAUAAGCAAAGCAAAAUGACUGCCGUGCCCCCUCCUGCAAACAUUGCUACACUGAUGCCACUGGAGUUGGUGGACAAAUGCAUCGGCUCCCGCAUCCACAUAAUCAUGAAGAACGACAAGGAAAUGGUAGGCACUCUCUUGGGCUUUGAUGACUUUGUGAACAUGCUGCUGGACGAUGUCACGGAGUACGAAAACACGCCAGACGGUCGCCGCAUCACGAAAUUGGAUCAGAUUCUGUUGAAUGGCAACAACAUAACAAUGUUGGUCCCUGGAGGCGAGCUCGCGGAGUAGGAAAUAUUCCAUUUAUAAACAUAAAUUAUACAUUUGUAAAAUAACAACAACAAAACAAGCCUUUU